AUGACAGAUUCCUGUGAGCCGCCUCGAAGCCGGGUGCGGGUAGAGCCGAACAUACCGCGGGACUUCAGUAGCCUCCCUUCGGUGCAAGAAAUGAUCGAUGCAAACAACCGCCAAACGAGGCCGAAGCGUCGGCUGAAGCACUUUGAGUUUAUUAACGAGGUCUUCACACGAAUUGGGGAACGUGCAGUCGACGACGCCGCCAUGGUCGCCGUUCUCUCCAGCUUCCUUCAGGAAUGUGUGGAAAGGCACGGCACCCUCCCUCGUAGCUCGGCGCUGGCCAAAGUUCUCUACCAAUGGUCAGAAAGGGGCUUGGUGAUGGAGGGGCAACGAUUGCUAAAACAAAUCCUGCAGGCGAACCCGUCGUUACACAAGAAUGCCAUUGAUGAGAAGGUUGCAACUGUAUCCCUUCGUCUGCUUGGUCGUUCCUCAAAUGUGGACGUGGAUCUCAUGAAUAGCAUUCUUUCAAUGCUACCAGAAGGAGCCCAUAAGAGGCGUCUGUUUUUCCCUCUACUUGAACACGCCGCACGAACUGGGGACACCGCACUCGCCUUCAACACGCUGAGGCUGGGGCAAAGCAAGAGGAUUGAGUUCUGGGAUGUGGAUUAUCACCAGCUGCUCCGUAGCAUUCAAAACGCUUUGACGGACAGCAGCAGUACGGCAAUGUUGUUGGAUGAGCUACUGGAGUCCAUGGUGGACCAUCACCCUGUUGUCGGUAAAAGCAACGGGGAAUCGCUGCAGCGCCUGAUGGGGGGCGAGAUGGCAGGCGUCAACGAUAAAACUGGGGAAUGCAGUCGGUGUGGGGCAAAACUAAAAACGUUUGAUUUCUCCUUCACAGAUCGCACCACUCUACUAAACGACAUUGAAACAAAACUGAUAGCCCCACGGGUGGAGAGUGGAAAUCACUAUGAGCAGGAACGAGUUGUGACGCCGGCAGAAAAGGAACGGCGAUGGUGUGAAUUUGAGGCGUUUAAGCAAGCACUUACAAGCUGCGAUUACGAUGCCGUCAUUGAUGGCGCAAAUGUGGGGUAUUAUGGACUUAGUAGUUGGUAUCGAGAGGCGAAGGAGGCGUGUUUGCGUGCUCGUGGCGUGGAUCCGACGGCCGUGCCGGAGCAUCAGCUUUGUGAGGUGCCGUUACCAGUUGAUGUCCCACCGAAGUUUUCGCUUAUUGAUGAAAUGCUAACGCAGACGCGACGUAUUGGGAAAAAGCCGUUGGUGAUGCUGCAUAAACGUCAUGUGGAGUCACCUUCCAAGGAGAGUGCGGAGUGGCUGUCAAAGUGGAACAACGACUCUGCUCUAAUUGCAUGUCCUGGAUUUCUUAAUGACGACUAUUGUUGGUUGUAUGCAGCUAUUCGUAAGCCGGAUUGUUUUUUUGUCUCGAAUGACCAGAUGCGAGACCAUCAUUUUAUGCUGCUUAGUCGUCGAUCAUUUUUGCGAUGGAGGCAGCGGCAUCGUGUGACGUACAGGGCUUUGUUUCAACGAGCGACAGGUAGUACAACGUUAUUCCUUGCAUUGCCGCGACCCUUUUCCGUCUGGGUGCAGCGAGGACUGCUCACACGGACGCAUUGGCAUGUGCCUGUUCUCUUGUCAGCCGAUGUCAUUGAUCAAGCAACGAACAACGCCGCUGGAAAGGAUGUGGAGGUGGAUAAGGAUGGUGAUGAUUCGUGUGACGUGUGGCUUUGCACAGCCGCAAAGCAUCUUAUUAAUCGAAGUGAGUAG